CCCAGCUGCCCACUCCACUCCUCUCGCUUUCCCCUCCACCGACCAGAGACGAGAGAGCCCCAUACACCGCGGCGCCAAACCCCACCUCGCUCUCCAACCCUCCCCAUCGCCAUCGGAAUCUCAAGCCAGCGGCUGCGGCUCGCAUCGCGCCGCCGGCCAGCCCGCCGCAGCAGCCGGCGCUCCCGUCCCGCUCAUACUUCUCCCAUCAUAUGUGGAGUUUGAAUGGUGGUUCCAUUUGUGCUGGGGGUGUGAAUUUCUUGGAGGGAGAAGGAUUUUUAUUCUAGCCAUACCAAAUGGAGUGUCCAAGUUCAACUAGUUCCCAAGGGCAUCAUGUGAAUGGAAAGCAAAGCAUCGAUCCCCCUGGUCCUGCCAUCGUGAAGAAUGGACCAAGACACCGUCCACUGACUCCAAUGAGACAAUGCCGCGGAGUAUUAUGUUUGGUGGUUAUGCUAUUAACAGCAUUCAUGAUGAUGGUUUACCUGUCCCCGAUAACUACUUUCCUUGUACGGUUGUUCAGCGUGCAUUACAGCAGAAAGUCAACAUGUUUUCUGUUUGGUAUGUGGCUAGCAUUGUGGCCCUUUUUGUUUGAGAAGGUUAACAAGACCAAGUUUAUUUUCUCUGGUGAAAGUGUGCCCCCAAAGGGGCGUGUGCUGUUGUUUGCUAACCACAGGACUGAGGUUGAUUGGAUGUAUCUGUGGGAUUUUGCACUGAGGAAAGGCCAUUUGCAGUGUAUCAAGUAUAUGCUUAAGAAAAGCUUGAUGAAGUUGCCUGUUUUUAACUGGUCAUUUCACCUUAUUGAGUUUAUCCCGGUAGAGCGCAAGUGGGAGAUUGAUGAGGCAAUCAUCCGAAGGAGGCUAUCAGAAUUUAAGAAUCCCAGGGAUCCCCUUUGGCUGGCAGUUUUUCCUGAAGGCACUGAUUAUACUGAGAAGAAAUGUAUCAGAAGUCAGGAGUAUGCAGUAGAGCAUGGUUUGCCUAUUCUGAAAAAUGUACUACUUCCAAAGACAAAGGGAUUCAAUUGCUGUUUGCAAGAGCUGAGGAGUUCUAUAGAUGCUGUUUAUGAUAUCACAAUCGCAUAUAAACAUCGGCUACCGACUUUUCUGGACAACGUUUAUGGCAUUGAUCCUUCCGAAGUCCACAUCCAUAUCAACGGCAUCCAAGUCUCUGACAUACCGACAUCAGAAGACGAAGUGGCUGCCUGGUUGAUCGAGCGGUUCCGGUUGAAGGACGAGCUCCUGUCCAAUUACUCGAAACUAGGCCACUUCCCGAACGAAGGGACUGAAGGGGAACUGUCAACACUCAAAUGCCUCGCAAAUUUCACAGCGGUGGUCAGUGCUACGGGCAUCCUCACGUACCUGACCCUGUUCUCGUCCGUGUGGUUCAAGGUUUUCGUAGCCUUUAGCUGUGUGCUUCUUACGGUCACGACCUGCUACUCUAUACAUCUGCCCCAGCUGAUAGGUUCCCCUGAGGUGAGCACCCGUGCGAAGGUGGCUUGAUUCUGAACUUGUGUUGUAACUGAAAGCUGGAUGGCACAGCUCGGAACCGCCACGCCCGGAGUGUAUGUGCAUAUGAGUUCAACGUGUAUCUGUUACUGGGAACAUUGUGUUUGGUUCAGCUGUUGGGAGUAUU